AUGUGUUAUGGCAAGUGGACUGCAUCUAGGCGGCUGAUUCAACAAAAGCAGUCUUCAGAGCCUCCUCGGCUAUUUGCAUUGUGGAACGACUACUACAAAGCAGAGAAAGAAGCCGUGGCUCAGCAGUCGAAGGAAGCCUUAGGGAAGAUUCAUGAAGAAGCAGGUCCAUCAAGACAGUCCCAGUUUGCGCCAUCUCGGAUAAAGAGGCCACCACGACAGCGAACACAAUCUCGACACACUAGACUCACCCAAUCUUACUUGAAAUUUGUUGCUCCUGCAAAUGUCUACACUGGUACACUCAUCUGCUUCACCCAAUAA